GCUCAUAAGCGAGGCACAGAUAAAACUCUGGCAUUAGCAACUCUUGAGAAAGUUACGCGCUGUGCCCAAAGCGCUAAGGGUCGAAAAAGAGACAAGGCAGGCAAAGAAAAAAAGGCCAAGCGAGCAACCACCACAACUAGAUUGACGUAGCAAUGGCAAUGGCAAUGGCGAUGCGUUGGCGCUGAUAACGUGCACGGCAAACGCCAGCGGAGAGCUGCGGAUCAUGGCCAGCUUAGGCAGUCUGACUACGCCUGGCAGCGCGUUCUGGUGGCCCAAGGCAGCAACCAGCGAGGUAACGCCGCGGCCGCAGGUGCUGCAACAGAUACCGUUAACCUAUUUUCGCACCUACACAUAUCAGCCGCUGGCUGGCAACGCCUUCAGCAUGCCGCUGUUUGGCUUUGGCGCUGCGCAGACGCCGCUGCUCUCGGGGCGACACUACGAUCCAUAUGGAUCAGUGACCAGCUAUGCGGCAGCCAGACGCUACGAUGCCGCUGCUGGUCUCAAGCCAGAAGUAACAGCACCGCCCGCACCGGCGAGCACAACGCCAGCAAGCAGCACCACAACAACAACAACAACUACAGAAAAACCAACCACCACCAGCACCACCACAACGACAACGACAACAACAACGCCAGCGCCAACAACAACCACCAGCAGCACAACAGCAGCGCCAACUGUAAGCAGCAGCAGCAUGGAGUCCUUGCCAGCUCAAUACUAUGAAUAUCCAACGUACAGUCGCCGCGUUAAUAAUCUGUACAGCGCACGACCGCAGUAUCCGUAUCCGGAUUACUUCAACUACCAGCCCAGCAGCACGCUGACGGACAAGAGCGGCACGCGCAUACAAUUUGUGCCCUGCAUGUGUCCCGUCAGCAUGCCCAGCUUAAGCGCUCUGCCCAGCCAACUGCCGAGCCGCGAUCGUACCACAGGCGUCACCAUCGACACUGUCGCCGCUGUCAGCAGCGCCGAGCAGAGCGCUGAGCUUGCCUCUGUGGAGCGAAAUAUUGCAAGUCUGCAGGCGCGCCACAUGGAGAGCGAGGAGAGCGCGCUGGCCGAGGAGGAGGAUGCAGAUGCCGAUGCGGAUGCAUCAGUCGAAGCAAACGAGAGCGCUGAUGAGCUGACGAAGCUUGCUCCAGAGCCGCAGGACACUACGCCCGCUGUAGAGUCCAACAGUUUGGUUUAG